AGAAAAUACUAUUUAUAUUCUGAAUAUUAUUUAAGGGGGCAUGGUGGCUUAGUGGUUAGCACGUUUGCCUCACACCUCCAGUGUUGGGGGUUUGAUUCUUGCCUCCGCCUUGUGUGUGUGGAGUUUGCAUGUUCUCCCCGUGCCUCGGGGGUUUCCUCCGGGUACUCCAGUUUCCUCCCCCGGUCUAAAGACAUGCAUGGUAGGUUGAUUUGCAUCUCUGGAAAAUUGUCCGUAGUGUGUGAUUGCGUGAGUGAAUGAGAGUGUGUGUGCCCUGCGAUGGGUUGGCACUCCGUCCAGGGUGUAUCCUGCCUUGAUGCCCAAUGACGCCUGAGAUAGGCACAGGCUCCCCGUGACCCGAGGUAGUUCGGAUAAGCGGUAGAAAACGAAUGAAUGAAUAUUAUUUAUAUAAUAUUAUUAAGUUAUUAAAUAUAUUAAAAAUAAUUCUUAAUAAUAAUAUUCAUUGAAAUGCAUAAACAGGUUACUAUUUAUUUGUUACAUUCACACGAAUAACAAAUACAAUCAGUUAUUUUGAUAUUUUCAUGUUAAUAAACUAUUCCCAGGAAGUCGCUAUUUUUAUGCAGGAUAUCUUGGAAUUUUACCUAAAAAAAACACUACUGUAUGUAUCUGUUUACAAUGUUGUGCAUUUCUGUAGCUUACACCUAAUUCAGGCUUUCAGACUUAUACUAAAAUGUUCAGCUCUGGCUCUGGGUAUACAUUACUGAAUCUAAAUCAUAGCAUGCUCAAUGAAACUGUUAGUCAGAAUACUCAGUUAAUAUAUACAUGCAUUUAUUGUACCUUGUUCAUUUUAAAAGUGUAAGUCUAACUCGAAAGAUUAUGAAGCUAAGGAUAAUCGCAUUGUGUCAAAGAGGGACAGCCCUAAUCUUAUUUAGCAGUUACAUAACAUUAGAGCCUUACACUGAACACAAAUCAGAGAUCAACCUCAUUACAACUUUAAAAGUGAUUUAAUAACUGAUUUGAUUACAUAGUUAAGGUAUUUUUCUCAGGAUUCCAAAGAUAGACAAAUUAGAUAUAUAAAACAACUUCCUGUGAUACUUGAGUGCUUGUGUCCCUCAAUUCCCCUCACUUUCUAGAAAUUAGGGGAUUAUAGAAGACCUAAAUAAAGCUGAAUGGUUAAAAUGCUUGCCAGGAGUGUAAUCCCUCAGACAGGUGAUGUGAGAGAGAAUAAAUUAGCACUGUAGGUCUAGUACUGUAUGUCCCCCAUGACAGCUGAUAUUUUUCAUACUGAAUGGGUAACAACUUGAUAAAAUGGGGAACAGCUGAUCAUCUGAGGAUCCAAACAUCUUUGAAAGACUUUGAGUUAAGUGAUUUUCAGGAAAGCUGUCCAUUGGAACAUGAUCAGAAUUUUAUGAUUCUACAAAAACACCUCACAUCCCAGAAAGUUCAUACGAUUAUGUGGAAAUCCAUGCUGGAAAGAGUUGCCUUCAUCUCACUUGAGAAGCAGAAUGCAAGGCCUUAAAGAGGAAACAACAAUGCCUUCAAGCCUGACUCGGGUGUCUACACAUGUGCCUCGGCACAGCCUGUACAGCCUAUCAGACAGCUCAGACUGUGAUCCAGAUAACGAGGCAGAAGAGGAUUCAUCCAGGCACCUCACACCUCUGGAGAAGCUAACACUGGAUAUGUGUCAUGAUGAACAAACCAUCAAAGAGCUGAAUGUGGGAAGAAGAGUAGGAUUCUAUAAAGUCUGUUGUGAGAUUGGGUGUGGAAACUUCUCCAAAGUCAAACUGGCCUUCCAUGCUCUUACCAAAGACAAAGUUGCUAUUAAAGUUUUGGAUAAAUUGCGACUGGACUUACAGACCCAGAGGAUGCUAUCCAGAGAGAUCUCCAUAAUGGAGAGCUUGCAUCAUCCAAACAUUCUUCGGCUCUAUGAAGUGUUGGAGGCACCGAGUCGAUUGUACCUAGUGCUGGAGUACGCCGGAGGAGGAGACCUGCAUGCCAGAAUCAGCUCUGAGGGAAAACUCUCUGAUCUAGAAAGCAAACUUGUGUUUGCCCAAAUCCUGUCGGCAGUAAAGUACAUGCAUGACAACAUCAUCAUCCAUCGGGAUCUAAAGGCAGAAAACAUCUUGUUCACCAGCAACUCCUGUGUAAAGGUAGCUGACUUUGGCUUCAGCACAAAGAUCAGCAAACGCAGCCAGAUGUUGGACACCUUCUGUGGCUCCCCUCCAUAUGCAGCACCAGAGCUCUUCAAAGACGAGGCCUACUUGGGGCCACCUGUAGACGUAUGGGCUAUGGGGGUCCUUCUUUUCUUCAUGGUGACUGGCACCAUGCCUUUCCGUGCUGACACUGUUUCUAAGCUGCGCCGUUUUGUACUACAGGGAGUUUACGUUAUUCCCACUUGGGUGUCUGCUCCAUGUCAGCGCCUGAUCCGGGGGAUUCUCAAGCCAGAGCCUACUGAGCGCUGUGUGCUGGAUCAGAUGCUGGGCUGCGAGUGGCUGCUGCCAGUGGAGACUCUGCGUCCCUUUCCUCAUUUCUACCAGCUUAACCCUGUCAACUUGCUGAAGGUGAGAUCAGGAUGGGCAGAGCAGGAAGAGGUGCAUGCUACCUUACAGAAACUUGGAGUCACAGAGAAACACAUUCUCAACAACCAGGGCAAGAACAGUCGAAGCCCAAUAACAGGUAUCUAUCGCAUUGUACUCCAUCGGAUCCAAAGGAACAAAGGUGCUGAGUGUCUGCCUUCAAUCACAGGUGUAGUCAGAGACCCAAAGCGGGACAGUCUUCGCACCUACAGGAAUUUACGACACACUUCAAAACUGUGUGUCCUAUCUUAAUGAGCAUAACUUAUACAGAAAAUGGGUUUUCUUUGUUCUAGUUCAAAAGGUUAGUUGUCUUUCAAAGGGAGCUCUACUCUCAUCACUGAUCUAAAACACCACUACCGUAGACUUCAAGCUGAGCUCUGUAGCACAAUAAUAUCAUAUUAUUGUUUUUAGUCCUAUUAAUCAAAAGAAAUUGCAGUAUUUGCUUUUGCACAGUAUUUGCAUUUCUGGAUAUAACAAAAUGGAUGUAAACAUAAUAUUCACAUACUGACCAGGUUUAUCAUGUCCUUUUACAAUAUAUAUUUCUUUGUAAGUGCGUAAAAUUACUGACAGUCUUUUACUAUGCAAAAUGUUUUGGCCUCACCCUCUCAUCAGAAACUGUCUCUACUGAAUGGUAUUGAAAACAGGUAAUUUCACUAAAUUGGUUUAAAUCAGGCUGUUUUUGAUUUAAAAAAAAUAGUGCUCUCCUUGUCACAGUAUACAUUGGAGACCAUUUUAACUAUAGAGACUCAAAAAAAGAAAAUUAACUGUUUACAUCACCACUUAUCAUGAUCUGAGGGCUUGCAGAAAAUAGUAAACACAAACAAACAUUUGGGUGCUUCAAAAAAUAAAAUAUUUCUGCCCAUUAGCAUGUUUUGUGAACAUUUUGUCAACAUGUUACUGUAUUUGUAGCUGUCUUGUAAGUUUGGUGUCAUCCUAUUUGUGGCUUUUACUUGAGCAUCAUAGCACUCACUAUUCACACACUGCGACUUAAUAAAUAAAAUCACAACCAAAAUAAUUGAAUAUUUUGAAAUCUAUUAUCUUUUGCUUGCAGUGGGACUAAACUGGUUGAUACUGAGUAUGUGAUGUUAUUAGUAGAAUGCAAAUGUCAGCUCAUGACUAAAGAAUUAUUUUAUAGUAUGUGAUUAUUUUUGCCUGUGACAGCUAAAUUGUGCUGAAUGUUACGUUUCUAUAGUACUUUUACACAGAUUCCCUACAACACUGUAGUACUUGAGCUACUAAACCACCACCAUACACUAUACCAUGUUAUUGAUGCUGCUGUGCUGAGA